AAACUAUUCAGAACGCUCUUCGUAUUCAAACAAUGUGGAAGCUUUGUUUCUCCUUACGACAAGCACAACGUCAUUAUGCAAACAUUUAUCUUGAAAUGUACAAAAACACUUUCAUGAGUAAAAGAAUAACCUUAAUAUACCGAUUAUACCUAGAGCUCCCAUCCCAGCAUGGUUUAUUGAAACAAAGACCACAAUGUUUGUCCACUGGUGUCUACUUGAAGCAAACCACCUAAUCCUGAUGGAUGACACAGUCCCAUCAUGCCUCAGACAGGAAGUCACACAGUUGCCAUGGGUGACGCAGCCUCACAUUGUGAAGAGCAGAUUUGAAUGGACAUAUGUGACAUGGCAUGGCGCUCAUAACAGCUUUGACAGACCCAAAUGGUUUAAGCAGAAGAGCUUCAGGAACCUUCAGCAAGUUAUGCUAGAUUAGAGGUACUCCAACCUUGAUGGGGGCUGGCAACCUUUGACCCCAGAGGAAGGCGCAGAGGUGCAACAGUAACCUGGAUGCACAGGAAUCCUGGGUCUCUGGCUAAGCGUUUGUUUAACAGCAGUGGCCUUAAUGUGUGAAACAAAUGGGAAAUAUUUCAUCCACUCAUAAGGAGAGAAGAAUGCGGUACACGGGUGACAAUGGGCAGAGGUGAGGGGUCAUGGGGAGCAAAAGAUGCGCGGCUUCGGCGAAGUGACUGUACAUCAAGGAGGGACUAAAAUUAGCAGUGAAAUCGGAGUGAUGACAUUUCGAUGAAUAAUACUGGAUUCGGAUUGAUCGGACAAGGACAGAAGUGCAGGAGAUGUUGACAGGAAUGGUUCAUUGUAUGCAUUAGACUGGCGAAGAGAUAUUGAAAAAUAAAUUUACAGCAAUGUGUUGUGAUUCAAACAUGGAGACCUUGUGCUUCCCUCAGAGGAAAUAUGGAUGUUUGAUUUUUGUGUUCUUAUCUGUGAUACUCACUUUUGAUACAUGUUUCGGGAAAACUUACACAGUGCAGGAAGAAGGAUCUACAGAUAUGUUUAUUGGAAAUAUUGCAAAAGAUUUUAAUUUCACAAGUCUUUUUAAUGAAGGCAAGUCUUUGAGAUUUAGUUUUGCUAAUCAGCUCCAAGUAAGUUACUUCAGUAUUUCCGAGGACACUGGAGAAAUUCAUACUGUUGGCGUUUUGGAUCGUGAACAGAUAUGCCCGCAAGUUGACAAAUGCGACGUUGAGUUGAGGAUCGCUGUCAUUGGCAAUGAUGGGCUUUAUGAGAGAGUGAAAGUUAAUGUCACCAUUGACGAUAUAAAUGACCAUGCCCCACAGUUCAAGUUGAAGUCUGAAGCUAUAUCAUUUCCGGAGAAUUCCCAAAUAGGAACCUCGUUCACUAUUGAUGGAGCCAUUGACCCUGACAGCUCACAGUUGUCUGUGAAAUCAUACACAAUUCUUCCAUUACAGUCGCCAUUCAUUGCAAAACUUGUCAGAAAAUUUGAUGGAAGCUCCAGCGUGCAAAUAACUGUCAACGGAACACUUGAUAGAGAGGUUACAGACCACUAUGAAAUACGGAUCAUUGCAGCUGACGGUGGCUCUCCACCAAAAACUGGACAAAUAUUGGUCAACGUGACCAUUACCGACUUAAAUGACAACAGCCCUGUGUUUACAAAUAAAAUUUACAAUAAAACUGUGGAUGAGGAUAUUGCCAUAAAUACCACAAUUUUGCAAGUUUCUGCAAAUGAUCCGGAUAUGGGAGCCAAUGGUAAAAUCAUAUACAGCUUUGCAUCCAUUCAAAAACAGUCUGAGAUCAAGGACAUUUUCGCCAUCAAUCCUACAACCGGUGAAAUCAAAACCACCGGGCAUUUAGUGUACAAGCCAGGACGGAAGUAUGAGCUGAUAGUUGUAGCCAAAGACUCGGGCCUGGAUCCCAAGGAGAGCCAGGCUCUUGUUUGCAUUGAUGUCCAAGAUGUCAACAACAAUGCUCCUGUCAUCACACCUAAUUUGCUUUCUUCAACUAACUUUGCUAAGGUCUCUGAACUUGCCAACAUUAAUGUUGUUGUAGCUUUAAUAACGGUUAUGGAUGGGGACACUGGUUUGAACGGAGUGACGAAUUGUUCCAUGGACAGUGACACUUUUGAGCUGAAGAAGUCAGAUGUUUUCGAGUACAUCAUCAUAGUAAAGAAGUCCCUUGAUAGAGAGACAAAGGACUUGUACACCUUAUCGGUGUUCUGUAAAGAUCUAGGAACCCCACCAUUGAGUUCUAAUGUCAGUUUCAAUGUGUCAGUAAUGGACGAAAAUGACCAUAAGCCAGAAUUCACUCAGGUGAAUUAUGUUGGCGAAAUCGGUGAAAAUAACAACUACGGAGAUGUGGUUGUGGAUGUUACUGCCACUGAUGCAGACACUGGGAAUUAUGGGAAUGUAUCUUAUGAGCUGCGUGGGGAGUCCUGGACAGACUUUUCUAUUAAUGCCAAAACUGGAGUAAUUCGUGCCAUGAAAUCCUUUAACAGAGAGGAGAAGGAGUAUUAUGAGUUUUUGGUUCUGGCUUAUGACAAUGUUAAGGAAGAAGACCGACACACAUCCACUGCAACCGUGACUGUCAAAAUUGUGGACAUGAACGACAAUAACCCCAAAUUCACGCUGGCCUAUUAUGAGUUCGAGAUUGCAGAGAAUAACCAGCCUGAUAAGGAGAUUGGUCAAGUAAUUGCUGUGGAUUUAGAUUCUGGGAACAAUGGGAUUGUUACAUACAGUAUUGUGGAAAGGCCUGAAGUUGUCCUGCCUUUCAAAUUAGAUCCUAAUGGAUUUUUAAGAGCAAAAACGGUUUUGGACAGGGAACUGCAGUCUCGAUAUGAUUUCAUUAUCAUCGCGACUGACCAGGGCUUUCCUCAGCGACUGAACUCUUCUGUGAAUGUUAGUGUGUUUGUAACUGACGAGAAUGAUAACUGGCCUUUUAUUGUAACUCCUGACAAAGCAGGUCGUGAUGUGUACGUCCCUGUUUCAACCCCAGUCAACACUCCACUUUAUCUUAUCCAGGCACAUGAUAUCGAUGCAGGAAAGAAUGCACUUCUAACUUACAGAAUUGAAGAUAGGAACGAUACGCAUAUUUUCGAUAUCAAUGACUCAGGCCAAGUGUUAUUAGCACGACCAAUAGAAAACAAUGAGAUCAACACAUACAUGAUACAAAUUACAGUGUAUGAUAACGGUCAACCAUCAAACCAAGCCAGAACCUCACUUGUGAUGCACGUCCUUGUGGCAAAUACUACAGCAGGAUCGAAAAUGGACAAUGACAGUCUUAAGAAUCAGAAUCUUCUUAUUGCUCUGACUGUAGUCAUAGUAACUGUGGUUCUGGCUGUAACUAUUGUCAUCACAAUUAUAAUAAUUCGGAGAAUGGACAAGAAAAAGAGGAAUUAUUUCGGUGACUCGCAAAGCAUUCCGUGCUCGGAAGAAAACAGCCCGCAAGUUCCUAAUUUAAAUCUCGGUGGUGACAAUGAAAAGUAUUCGUUACCAGAUCUGAAUACGCAGCUGACUCCAAUGGCUCCCCACCUGUCUGUUCACAUGGAUCUGACCACAAUGAAAGACUACAUCUACAAGCCCAGAAUGAAUACCCCCACCCCGUCGAUGGGAAGUAACCAUAGAGAUGACGAGGUGCCCAUGACAGAGCAGAUGGACAUCCAGGGAACCAGCACACCACGGCUGAACCGCCUCGCAUCCAUCCGUCUGCAGCAACAGCUCUUACAGUCACAUGACAAGCCAUGGACCAAUCAUAAUGAUAGUAACGAGCUGUACCCACAGAGGGCCGAGGACUCUCACAGCCAGUUGUCAGAGGAAGAUGAUGACAGCGGGCGCGGGGGCUCGGUCAGUGAUGGUCACAUGGGCAUCUCACAUGAUGGAGAUGACAUGCGAAUCCUUCAGUUGCAAAACCUCGUCAAACAGAAUGGUAGACGAGGGACCCCUCCACAUCUCCAGGGAAAAACCAUCCCUGAAGAAAAAUACAACCAGUCUAAACCCUCCAACCUCACACCCAGAGACAAUGGGAACCAGUCUAAUUCAAAUACUCAUGCUGACCAGUCCAGAGACAGCAGACAUUCAAAUUUGAAAUCAACUUACUCAAAUUCUAAUAGUGAUAUUUUUUAUGUGCCAGAGAACGAACUAAAGUCCAACAUACGACGAUAUCCUUCGUAUCACGAUAACAAUGCACCACCUACGCAAAAAACGGUAACAUUUAGCAACCAUUUAACCAAACCCAAAUCGGGCCCUGGAAUACAAAUGGGACUUUCAUCAAUUUCCAGCAAUACUCACAAUAGCAUGCGACACAAGCCUCAUCGGCAGCAUUCGUUUGGCACACAAGACGUUCACAGACAGCGACAGUAUCCUAGCAACCAUGCACACAGGUUUCCGCCACCACCAAAUGGGAGGCAUUUGGAUGAAACAUUCGAGAGUGUGACUACCACAGCGUAUGAUGACGAUGACAACACGACUACUUCUGGGAGUUACACAAUCGAUAAUAAUAUGAAUGAGGAUUUCCUUGAACUAAAUGUAGCACAGCUUAAAGAUAUAUUUGUGUAAAAUAUCAUUGUUCUUUUGGGAAAGCCACUGUCUCGGUAUUUAACCCUUUACCACUUAGAUAUGUAUUUAACCCUUACCACUUAGAUACGUAUUUCAUCCUUAACCACUUAGAUACGUAUUUCAUCCUUUACCACUUAGAUACGUAUUUUAACGCAUUUGUUGCUUAGAAAGUUACAUUUCAUUAAAGGCCUUUCUUACUAGAUCCAAGUUUUUAAGGUUUCAUUUCCAAACCUUAGAUACUGAUUAGCAGCAAACAGCAUAAAACCUGAACAGACUGCGAGUUACUCGCAGGCUGUUCUGAUUUUAUGCUGUUUGCACAUUGCCAUUUUCACUUUGCUUCUGAGUGGGAAAAGGUUAAUUAAAUUAUAUGGACUAUAGUAUUGAAAAUGGGUGCUUUUUAAUUAUGAAUUUAGUUUCAAUCAAAUGACUUUAUAUUUAAUAAAUUUUAUGUUAAAAAUUAAAUAUUUUUUUAACCCUUUUUGUUACAAAUAUUGCAACCAAAGAAGUAUUAUAUGUUACAAUCCCUCCUUAUUCAGCAAUCAAUUUCAGUAGUCUAGUGAGUUUUAAUUUCAAUCUGUGACCGGACCGUGUACAUAUUUUGCUUAUACAUGAUUUCAAGGGCAUAAUAACAGGAUUCAGUAAAAUUUACAAAUAGUUGUUCAGUUGUCCGAGUUUGCUUGUUUUAUUUUUUGUUGUUACUGAUAUUGUUAUUUAUAUAGUAUGGAUAGUAUUGUAAAUAUGAUCUCAGGUGCUAUUUAUAUCUGUACAAACUUCACCAUGAAUAAAAAUGUAAAACACUAGAA